CCCAGUUUUCCCCUGUUUUCUUGUCUAAGUCAGCUUUGCGCAGAUGUUUGCAAUUAUUCCGACAGCACCUGAAGGCACCUUUAAGCCCUUAAAAACCAGAAUAAAUGCUUUAAAACGAGAUCCACUUUGUGCGUUUACCGCAGCAGACUGCAUCUCAUUCCAGCAGACAUGUGUGGGCCGAGCAGACUGUCACGAGAACCGCAUGUUUGGCUCCAGUUCCCAUUAUUUCUAAAAAUACAGUCGAACUAAUUGAUUAGAAAUGACUCGGGACAGGCGGCCUCCCGAAACAUGACGCGGCCCACCAAGGGAGCCACGCAUGCGCAGAGGCCCAGCGUCGCAGAGGGAGCAGCACCAUCGGCAGCAGCAGUAGCAGCUCCGGGGAGACUCAGGAGUUGGUCGGUGUGUUUGUUUCACCAGGAUAAACUUCUCUACACCAUGUCGGGAUUUGACGCCAACCCCUUCGCCGACCCGGUGGACGUGAACCCCUUCCAGGAUGUGUCGGUCAAACAAGCCACCGGCAGAGUCUCUGAAAACGUCGGAGAGUUCAACCCGUUCUCUGCUCCUGACAUGGUGAAUAACUCGGCCACCACCAUCCCCAUCUCCGCUGCCUCGUCUCAACCCGCCGUGCUGCAGACGUCUGUGGAGCAAAGCGCUCAAGCGACUGCAGCUGCUGGCCAGGCCAACCUGAUCAAACAGCAGGAGGAGCUGGAGAGGAAAGCAGCCGAGCUGGAGAGGAAGGAGCAGGAGCUGCAGAACAGGAGCACGAGUGGAGGAACCAGCUCUGGGACUAAAGAGAACAACUGGCCUCCUCUGCCAAAGUUCUCCCCGGUGAAUCCCUGCUUCUAUCAGGACUUUGAGGAGGAAAUCCCAGAGGACUACCGCAGAAUCUGCAAGAGGAUGUACUACCUCUGGAUGUUCCACAGCGCCACUCUGUUCCUCAACGUGUUGGCCUGUCUGGCUUACUUCACUGCAGACACCGCUGCUGGUGUGGACUUUGGUUUGUCCAUCCUCUGGUUCAUCCUCUUCACUCCUGUGGCCUUCAUCUGCUGGUACAGACCCGUCUACAAAGCCUUCAGGUCCGACAGCUCCUUCAGCUUCUUUUUCUUCUUUUUCGUCUUCUUCUUCCAAGUGGCCGUGUACAUUAUCCAAACUGUGGGGAUUCCCAGAUGGGGAAACAGCGGAUGGAUCGCAUCGAUCAGCAUGAUCCGCUCUAACCUGGCCGUUGCCGUGGUGAUGAUGGUAGUGGCCGGAUUUUUCACCGUAAACGCCGCCCUGGCUGUCGUCCUGCUCAAAAUCGUCCACUCUAAGUACAGGAGGACCGGUGCCAGCUUCUCCAAGGCCCAGCAGGAGUUCUCCCAGGGAGUUCUGACCAACCGGUCCUUCCAGAACGCUGCUUCCAGCGCCGCUACCUCCGCUGCCCAGGGAGCGUUCAGCAGAGGUCAGGGGAAUUAGACGGUUUCCCACAAGGCGUGUCUCCUCUCUGAUCAGCAGCCUCCAGCAUUAUUCAAGGGGUUUAGGAGGGUUUGAUUAUUUAAAGAAAUAAAGACUACAAGAAACUUAUGAUGACGUCAGCCUAGUGAGGCGUCGCUAUUCACCACUCCUGCUAUGAAACCAGAUGUACUCUGUGAUCAGAUCUGGAGGUCUUCUGGAUGUAAUGCACCUGGUGCAUGUUAAUGAUCAUCAGUUAACGUGUUUGAAGUCUGUUAUGGGAAAUGUACUGUAGAAACUGAAAACAAGUGAAGUUAAACAGGAGGCAGAGUGGCUGUAAAUAAAAAUAAAAAAAUGAUCAGAACUAACUCCUGAAAUGCAUUUAACACGACGUCAUAGAGGCCAGCGUGAGCUUAUCUGCAGGGAAAAGGUGCGUUUGAUUAAUUCCCAUCAUUCUUAAUGAUGAAAUAACUCUGUGGGGCCUUAAGAAGUAAACAGUUUGGAUUACAUUAGAAGCAUAUCUGACAUGAGAAUGUUUGACCAUCAGUGAAUGAUGGAUCCAUGUAAUGUGUGUAGACUUAUUUAAUCACAGCAUCAGCAUGUCGAGCCUUCAUUCUGACCCUCAUAUUGUAAUAAUAUCUAUAAAACACUUUACAUUUUCUGAUUGCUUUGCUCUGAGACACACUGGAUGAUGAUCCUGUUCCACUGCUGACUCUGAUGAUUUCCUGACUGUGUGAUGAUUAAUGAAGGUUGUUUUCUUUGUACUGUUUUAAUCGGGUUUUUGAUGAAGUGAGGCGAAUGAAGCUGAGUUUUAAAGUGGGUGUUACAUUCCUGUUUUCUGUCGUAGUUCUGAGCCUUACUGUGGUUAAAAUGAGAGGCGGGGUUUGUUCAUGUAACGUCACUGACAUCGAGUUUAGAUGAUUUACUUUUCUAAGAAGUGCAUUAAUGAGCAGAAAGAACACUAUUUGUCUGUCAGUUAUUUAUUCUUUCACCUUUGUACCAAUAGUAAAUACACUGCAGACUAAAGGCACAUGUUUCUGACACAUAGAUUGUAUUUUCUAACUACUUUUUAGGUAUUUUCAUGUCUUUACGUGUGUGUGUGUAUAAACGCUGUCUGAUCCCAUGUUAGUGCGACGCUGAAUCACUUCGUUUAGGAUUAACCUCGGUGCCUUUAAACAGACGUAACCUACCAGGGGAUUUAAGCACAGGGUUCUUGAUUAUUAGUCUGAUUUUUAGGGGAGUUUGUAUCACGGUGAAGUUUCCCUGUCAUGAUCUGAAUGUGUGUUGAGACGUCGUGUACAUAUCGGUGACUUAUUUAAGGGUGUUUGUUGAACUUUCUCGGUCUUAACAUUAAAUAAACUGUUAAAUUGUU